UUCUUUCCAAGCCAAAAGCCAGAGCUUAGGGUUUUUUGUGUUUCGCUUCUUCAAUUGAGUCUCCUACUGGUGUCAGUUCUCAUCUGGGUUGUGCUUCAAAACUUCGACCUGAAUUCAUGGCAACUCUUGCUGAUUCUUUCUUAGCAGAUCUGGAUGAAUUAUCUGACAAUGAAGCUGAUAUUCUUGAUGAGGGCAAUGUGGAUGCUGAGCACAUGGAGGAAGAUGUUGAUGGUGAGCUAGCUGAUAUAGAAACACUUAACUAUGAUGAUCUGGAUAGUGUCUCUAAAUUGCAGAGGACCCAGCGUUAUAUCAAUAUUAUGCAGAAAGUAGAAGAAGCACUAGAAAAGGGUUCUGAAAACUCAGAAACAGGGAUGGUUCUAGAAGAUGAUCCGGAGUACCAGCUGAUUGUAGAUUGUAAUGCAUUGUCGGUUGAUAUUGAGAAUGAAAUUAUUAUAAUUCAUAAUUUCAUACGUGAUAAGUACCGCCUAAAAUUCCCAGAGUUGGAGUCUCUUGUUCACCACCCAAUUGACUAUGCCCGAGUGGUUAAGAAAAUUGGGAAUGAGAUGGACCUCACCCUUGUUGAUCUGGAAGGACUGUUGCCUUCAGCUAUUAUUAUGGUUGUUUCAGUUACAGCAUCAACUACAAAUGGCAAGCCGCUGCCUGAAGAUAUCUUGCAAAAGACAAUUGAAGCUUGUGAUCGUGCAUUUGCUCUUGAUUCGGCGAAGAAGAAAGUCCUUGAUUUUGUUGAGAGUCGAAUGGGGUAUAUUGCUCCAAACCUCUCUGCUAUUGUAGGAAGUGCUGUUGCUGCAAAACUUAUGGGGACUGCUGGUGGUCUUUCCUCAUUGGCGAAGAUGCCUGCUUGUAAUGUGCAGGUUCUUGGUGCUAAAAAGAAGACCCUUGCUGGGUUCUCCACAGCGACAUCCCAAUUUCGCAUUGGAUUUAUUGAGCAGACAGAAAUAUUUCAGAGCACACCCCCUCCUCUAAGGAUGCGUGCCUGUCGACUGUUAGCUGCGAAAGCUACCCUUGCUGCACGUGUUGAUUCAACAAGGGGAGACCCAACGGGGAAAACUGGGCGAUCUCUCCUAGAAGAGGUUCGUAAGAAGAUAGAGAAGUGGCAAGAGCCACCUCCUGCCAAACAGCCUAGACCACUUCCUGUUCCAGAUUCUGAGCCUAAAAAAAAGAGGGGUGGACGUAGACUGAGGAAGAUGAAAGAAAGGUAUGCCAUUACAGACAUGCGGAAGCUGGCUAACAGAAUGCAGUUUGGAAUACCUGAAGAGAGCUCAUUGGGGGAUGGUUUGGGUGAGGGAUAUGGAAUGCUUGGUCAGGCUGGAAGUGGCAAAUUACGCGUGUCAGUUGGCCAGAGCAAGCUUGCUGCCAAAGUAGCUAAGAAAUUUAAGGAGAAGAAUUAUGGAAGCAGUGGUGCUACAUCGGGACUGACUUCAAGUUUAGCCUUCACUCCUGUGCAGGGGAUUGAACUGUCGAACCCACAAGCAUAUGUAAAUCAACUUGGGUCAGGAACCCAGAGCACGUACUUCUCAGAAACCGGAACAUUUUCCAAGAUCAAGAGAACAUAAUGCCUACAGUAUGUCCGCUAACUUGUGCUAUUUUGUUUGCUUCUUCUUUAACCGAAACCCUGAUGCUUCAGCCUCUGUUUUUGGGUUGAUACUGGUUUUUUGUAACCCAUGCUUGUCAUCAAUUCUCUAAAAUAAUGAUUUAUCUCAGUUUUAUUUUGUAUAUUUAUGUUCUCAUUUCGUUAUAAGAAAAUUCAGUAGUAUCAUAGUUAAAUGAUGGAAAAACCAAGAAUAGUUAAGCUGUGA